AUGGUUAUUUUUACUAUCACGAAGGAGAUGAAUUCAUCAGUAGUGACUGAAUUUAUCCUUCUAGGCAUUCCUUUUCUACGUGAUCUCCAUAGAGUCUUCUUUGUAGUGGGCUUGUUGAUGUACAUCACAACCAUAAUGGGGAACGGGUUCAUCCUAGUCAUCGUAGCCAUCGAGCCGAGACUUCAGACCCCCAUGUAUCUCUUCCUGAGCAACCUGGCUUUUCUGGAGGUCUGCUACACCACAACGGUGGUACCCAAGCUGCUACAAACACUUCUAGAAAGACGGACCACAAUAUGCUUCCGAUGCUGCAUGAUCCAAGGCUUUUUCCACUUCAUCUUGGGCACCACUGAGCUUUUCAUCCUCACAGCAAUGGCCUUUGACCGUUACUUGGCCAUAUGCAAGCCACUUCAGUACCCCAUGAUCAUGACCAUCCAUGUUUGCAUUCAGAUGUCUUUGGCCACCUGGUACUCAUCAUUCAUAAUUAUGUUUUUUCAGUCUCUCAUUGUGUGGAGGUUGCCCUUCUGUGGGCCCAAUGUUGUCGAUCACUUCUACUGUGACGUUGGGCCUGUCUUAAGCUUAGCUUGUGCCGAUACUCACCUCAUUGAGUCUUUGGGAUUGCUGAGCUCUGUGCUAAUUGUUAUUACGACCUUGAUCUUAACCGUGAUGUCCUACAUCUUCAUCAUCACCACCAUCCUACGCAUUCCAUCAGCUGCAGGACGCAAGAAGGCCUUCUCCACCUGUACAUCUCACCUGAUUGUGGUCUCCAUAUUGUACGGAGCUAUCAUCUUCAUGUAUGUGAGACCAAACGUGCAUUCCUCAUCCCGCACAAGCAGGGUAGUAGCCAUUUUGAAUACUGUCCUUACCCCAAUGCUGAACCCUUUCAUAUACACCAUCAGGAAUUCAGAGGUGAAAGAAGCCAUCAGAAGUGUGGUGCACAAGAUAAGACUGCUGAAAGAACAUUUUUAA